AUGUUUGCUGUAAACUUAAAAAUUUGUAUAUUUUUGUCACUUGUUUCAUUUUUGUUACAAUGUAAGAAUACACUUGCUAAUGUAACUUUUGAACAAAAGGUACAGACAAAUUUAAGUCAUGAUAAAAAUGGAGAUAUAGUAUAUGGACACAGAGAAUUUAAAGGAGGUAUUUAUGCAUUUUUAGGAUAUGACAACUGUACAAUAGAAGUUAAUAAAACAGUGAAUGGAAUAGAUUGGAAUGAAAAAAAGGACGUAAAAGUAAGUGGUAAUAAUAAUAUUGCUGUAGUAUAUUCCAUUUUUACAAGUGAAGAGAAGAUGAUAUUAAUUUUUAAAUGUGAUAAUAAAUUUUAUAUUACUAAAUAUGGAAAAGAAUUUAAAUGGUCAGAUCCUAAAGUUAUAGAUGUAUCUAAUGUUAUUGGUACAAAUACUACCCCAGCUGUUUACUCUGGUUCUUUACUAUCUAUGAAUAAUGAUUUUGAAAAAUAUAUUUUGGUUUGUGAAAAUCAUAGUCAGAAUUAUAUAAAUGUAGUAGACCAGGAAUAUAUGAGAGAAAUACGUUUAUUAGGUAAAUGUAUGUUAUCUUUUGAUGAAGGAAAUAACUGGAAGAAUGAAGUAAUGAAUUUAUAUAGUGAUGAAGGUUAUACAAAAAUUAAUACUUUAAGAUUAUCAGAUUACGGAGGAAAAAUACUUGUGAAAGGAACUAAUGCACAAAAUCUUAACCAAACGAUACGAUCCAUAAUUCUUUUAUGUAGUAAUUUGCAUGAUUGGAAAUUAUUUUGUGGACUUCCUACCAUAAGAUUCAGGAAGGAUAUUUCAGUAGAAAAUCUAACAUAUUUAAAUACUUAUCAUCUAGCCAUUGUAAAAAAUGAAGAUAAAUUACAAUUAGCUUUUACAUAUGAUUUAUUUGAAACAUUUGAUCCGCAAUAUUUGAACACUGAAUUUAAUGGUGUUUCUCAUUAUUUUGUUUUAGCUCCUGAUGAAAUGGUAUAUUUAUUUUAUCAUGGAAAUGAGAAAAAAAAUUAUGUCAUAAAAAUAAAAACAGUACCAAGAAAAAUAGGUUGUGAAUUAAAUACAAAUGAUACUGUAAAUAAAAUUUAUACAUACACGUAUAAAUAUAUAUAUAAUAAUAAGCUAAGUGCGAAAACAUGUAAAGUUCCAUCAUCACAUUUAAAAUAUUCGAGUGAUGGUCUAUAUAAAUUAUUUGAGGUAAGAUUACCAAAAGAUAUAAAAGUAACUGAAAAUUGUUUUAGAUAUUCUUUCUUGAGUGAUUUAAAUAAUAAAUAUCAUACAACUAUCAUAAAAACACGAGUUAUUAACAAAUUAGAAGAUUAUGUAGAAGUACAAUUUCACUUUCCGAUUUAUUAUACUAAAUUUUUAUACAAUUAUAAAAGUACGUAUUGUGUCUUGAGUAAUAACUAUAGAAUAGUUGUUGAAUUUGAUUAUAUACGUAAUCAUAUUGAUCUAGAUUUUCCGUUUGAUACAGAUACUGUAAAGUUAUAUAGUAAUGAAAGUGUUACACAUGCAUUUAGAAAUAAUACAGAAAAAACACAUGUGCAUAAAUUUCCUAAAGGUACAUAUAUGACAUCUUAUUUUAGUUAUGAAAAAGAAUAUGUUAUAUCUAAUUAUAUAGAAGAACCAUUUUCUACUACCUUUACUAUAUUAACCCAAACACAAAUGAAUGUUCAUUUUAUGGCUGGUGGACAAAAAUAUAAAUAUGAAGGUAUCGAUUUAACAGAUUCUUCACCAAACUAUGAAUUAUCACUUAAUUCUUUGUCAGAUAGCCAAAAUGUUGAUAUUUUUGUAUCCAAAUUUGAUAAUAAUAAAACGAUAGGUUUUGUUUGUCCUGUUAAAAGUAGUUAUGACGGAUUAAAUUGUUUUGACAACGUUUAUAUAAAAAAUAAGACACUUGUCAAAAUCGAAUAUUUAUUUGGAGAAAAUGAUAUCUUUGUUGUUCCUCAAAGGAGAAUAUAUAAAACUGAAGGUACAGCUAUGGAAAGUCUUUUAUAUUUAAAUAAUAACAAUGUAAAAAAAUUAAUAGAUGAUAAAAGUAUAAUACAUUUCUAUUGUGAAUGUAAUGUUAAUAAUAAUGUAAUCAAAGUUAAUUAUUAUAUAUCUCCAUUUUAUGAUGAAAAUAGUAUAAAACAAGAAAUCAACAAAAAAGACCAAGAAAUAACUAUGAUUAAUAAAACUAUACCACAAGAUGAAAAAGAUAUUCUAUUCAAUAAUGAAAAAGUUGUUCCUUUAUCAAACGAACCUCAAGAAAUUAUUCAACCACCUAUUCAGGAAAAAUUAAAUACUACUGAUCCUUCAAAAGCAUAUAUAUAUGGAGCUAAUAUUAUAUUUAUUGCAAUUAUAUCUAUAAUAUCCUUGUCUAUUUCUUCUUUCAUAUAA